AUGGCUGGAAGAAACGAUGCUGCGAUUGCUGCUACUUUGGAUGCUAUGGCUCAAGCUCUGGAACAUCAACCUAAUGCUGGUGAGAAUGCUAGGUCUCGCAGUUUGGCUACCUUCCAGAGGGAGAACCCGCUGGUCUUCAAGGGCAAGCAUGACCCCGAUGGGGAAUUAGAGUUGUUGAAAGCGAUCGAGAGGAUCUUCCGUGUAAUGGAUUGUACUCAGGCACAGAAAGUUCGCUAUGGGACACAUAUGCUAGCAGUCGAAGUUGACGACUUGUGGCUAGCAACACGUCAGAGACUAGAAGCUGCAGGUGAAGAGAUCACUUGGCCAAAUUUUAUCCAUACUAUGAUGGAGAGGGUGCAGAUCAUAGUAUGCUCUGAGAUCAAGAAGGCUAUAGGGUAUCAGCAGAUCCGCAUUUUUCCUAACUUGGUGGACAGUUGUAGAAUUUUUGAGGAAGAUAAUGCUGCUCACUAUCAGCAACGUGGCAAGCCUUAUGACGCUCCAGCUGGAAAGGGAAAAUAG